CCCACCCCCACCCCCAAAUCUUCUUCUCUAUUGCACUUUUUCAGUUUUCACAGUUCUUCUCCUUGUCUUGGAGACUCGUCCCAAACCUAGCCAGAUAUGUCUGGGGUUCCUGAAGCUGAUGAAGCUAUUGGUUGUGGAAUUAAUGGAGCUGAUCAUGGAAAUUACAGCAAUGUUAUGGUAUUUGAAUAUGAUCAUGAGCAAAGAGAUCUGACGGCUCUUGCAGAGUUGAUUUGCUCUGGAGAAAUUCCACCUAAGAUGGCUGAAGAUAUUGAUUUAAGGAAGUUCACGAAUAUGAGUACCCCGCUGUUUAAGCCUAGUUUUGAUAGGGUUGAAAGUGAGUGCAUGAGAGUGUAUGAGGAGAGGAAACUGGAAAUUAAAGAGUUCUUGGGUGCUUUCAAUGGACAGAUUAGCCUCUCGGUGGACAGAUUGAGGUACAAAACUUACCGUUUCUGUGGACACUAUUUGUGCCUUUCUGCUAGUUUUAUUGAUGAGAAUUGGAAACUGAGGAACUGGGUGCUUUAUUGCCAUAGUUUAUCAAAUCCACUUGAUGAUUUCCUUAAGGUGCUUGAAGGUUGGGGAUUUGGGAACAAGGUAUCCACACUAACAAUGACAAAUGCUGAUCAUGGGGAUUGCCCUGAAUUGAUUGAGUUUGUGGAAACACACAUCCAAGAAAAGAAGAAACUUGAAGUAAGCCGUCAGCUGGUUCAUGUGUAUUGUUGUGGGGAAAUGAUCAGUCAAAUGGUGCAGGAUGCAUUUGACAAGAUUAAGGACAUUAUAGACAAAGUUCUCAAAUUGUAUUCUACAAAAUCAUUACCCUUGUGGUAUCUCACCAACUCCAAGCUAAAGCAUGCUGUUGAAUUAUGGUCUAAGGGAGAGUUCUCUUCAAAAUAUGUGACUGAUUCAAGUGAUGUACCAUCCCCGGAAGAAUGGAAGAAAGUUGAGGGUGUUUGUAAGAUUGUCGAGAGCAUCUAUGAAGUAUCAAGUGCUUUAUUUGAAUCAAAGCCCUUGACAGCUAAUGUCUUUCUUUACCACCUGCAUGAGCUCCGAGACAUUCUGACCCAAAUAUCCAUUACUGACUCCGAUAGUUUUAAUGGAGCAAUAGUUGAAGGCAUGCUGACAAGAUUUGAUAAGUAUUGGAAUGACAUGUUCAUGUUGUUGGCAAUAGCUUCAGCCUUGGAUCCUCGACUGAAAUUGAAAUAUGUAGAAUUUGUUUCUAUGAGACUCAAUGGUAUGGAAGGAAGCUUACAAGUUGCAGAUGUUUUGGGCGCCAUUCACAAACUCUAUGAUGACUAUCUGAUCCGUUUUCCUGUAAAGGAAAACUUCAUGCGUUACUCAUCUUGUUCCGGUCUAGAUACUGAAAUGGAGUCUUCUCCUCCCAAUCAAGUGAACCAUACUCUUAAUGUGUUGCAAGACUACCACCAGUUCAUCCAAUUGGGUAUUCAGUCUACAAAAAAAUCGGAGCUGGAUUGCUAUCUCGAAGAACCAGUGAUACAUGGGAGUCCAGAUUUCGAUGUACUGACUUGGUGGAGCACUGCUGAUGCCAAGUAUCCUACUCUCUCUAGAAUGGCACGGGAUUUCUUGGCCAUUCCAGUUUCUCUGGCAACUUCAUAUGAAGCAUUUUACUCUAAACCAAGGCCAGCUGAUGAAAGUUUAGUUUGUUUGAAGCCUGACUUGAUGAAUGCCUUAAUGUGCACUCGUAGCUGGUCUUGUAAGCACUGAAUGCUUACAGAUGGCUUGUACCGGUACCUUUUGGCUUUUUACUGCUCCUGCCUGGCUUGUGAUUGCUCUUUUUUUGGAAGGCUUGAGAUUUGGGAAUCAAUAUACUUGAGCAUUUGGCAUGGAAAUCAAGUUUGUUACUUUUGAACUUCAUUAAGGAGAUUGAAGAUCCAUUUUUGUAUGCAUGUAAAACUGUCUAUGGAUCUGUUUCGCUUGGCUAUAACUAGUUGACUUGAUGUUUGUAGAUGGUUCAACGUAUGAAGUUAGUAUUUACCUGUGGUGGAAAUUCUGGAUGUUACUGGUUCAUGCCAUUGUAAAAGUUAGAACUGCGAUCAUAUUGUUUUGAAUUUAA